AUGGAUAGUGAAAGAAUACAAAUAAAUAAAGUACAAAAUCAGCAAGAUGAAAAAGAUGAUAGUGGAAUUGAACAAGAUAAUAGUUUUAUUUAUAUUCGAAUAGCUGUUGAAGAUCAUAAUUUACAGAAAGUACUUAAAUUUAAUUUGGAUGAUACUAUAUGGAGUACAAAACAAAAAGUCUUACAAGUUCUUGUUCGAGAAUUAACAGAUAGUUUAAAUUUUGGAUUAUAUUUGCCACCAUGUAAUGGUCGAGCUGGCAAAUUUCUGGACGAGUCUCGUUGUCUAAGAGAAUAUCCAUUAAGUGGACCUGUUAGCUAUCUUGAAUUUAAAUAUAAACGACGUGUUUAUAAAGCUAUUCAUCUUGUACAGAAAAAUAUUAAUUUAAAAGUUAAUACAAAAAAAUUUAUUGAUUAUAUCAAAACAAAUCAAAUUUCAAAAGUAGCAAGAUAUUUAGAGAAAGGAUUUGAUCCAAAUUUUCAUAUUUCUGAUGAUGAAACAUCUCUAUCAUGUGCAUGUCUUGAUUUACUUGAGCCACGAUCAAUGAUAAUGACAUUAGUUAAUGGUGGUGCUCAUUUGGAUUUUCGGACACGUAAUGGAGGUUUAACGCCACUUCAUAUAUCUGCUAUUUAUAGUCGAAAAGAAGCUAUUAUAACUCUUCUUGAACUUGGCGCAUCUCCAAAUGUAUAUGAUGAAAAGAACUUAACACCACUUUAUCAUUCAAUAUUAAAUAAACAAAUCGAAUCAAAUGUUGAUUCAUCAUAUUGUUGUUUAUUACUAUUACAAGAUCAUUCAAUAGUUGAUUGUCAUGAUGAUUCUUUAUCUACUGAAUUACAUCAAGCAUGUCGUCUUGGACUUGUUCAACAUGUUGAACAUUUACUUUUUUAUCGAGCUGAUAUAAAUGCAAUUAAUGUUGGUGGAAAUACUCCUUUACAUAUUUGUGCAGCAACUAAUCAGGAAGCUUGUGCUCGUGUACUUCUUUUUCGUGGUACUGAUACAAAUAUUGUAAAUAAAUCAAAUCAAACACCAUAUGAACUUGCCUUAGUUUCACAAAAUUCUUCAAUAGCAUCAAUAAUUCAAUCACAUAAACCAGAACACGUUGUACCAUUUCGAGAAGCACCUUUAAUUAAUCCAAAACGUCGUUCAAUUUAUAUUGAACAAAAACGCGAUAAACAUCGUGCACGUUCAUCAUCGAAUACAACUCCAUCAUCGUCAUUAACUAGUCGAUCACAAAGUAUGCCCAAAUUAAAUGUUAAUAAUUUUAUACGACCAAGUCAAUCACCACUAACAACACCAACUAUUGAACAAUAUUUUCAACAACAAAAUCGAUCAAGUAGAUCUUCAUCACCGAAAUCAUUUAGUGUUAAUAGUGAUCAUGGAUUUGGAAGUGAAUGUGCAUCACAUUUAUCUUCUGGUUCUCCUAAUGCAACAAAAAAUGCUAAUGGUUGUUAUACAUAUAAAAGGAAACGCUUAUAUGCUGCUGCGCCUGGAAGAAAGUGUAUGUGCAUUAAAUCUUAUCAUGCAAAUUUACCUGGAGAAUUAUUAUUAAAUAAAGGAGAUAUUGUUGAGAUUUUGAGUGUUGGUGAACAAGGAUAUCUAGAAGGAAGAUGUAAAGACAUUGAAGGAUGGUUUCCAAGUAAUCAUGUUCAAGAUAUUUGUGUUUUUAAAAAUGGUGAAAUGACAAAUGACGAUACAAUUGUUAUAAGUCGUGAUACUUUAUCAGCUUUAAUGAUUAAUAACGAUAUAUACACACCACGUACCAUUGUUUUACAACGAGGAAAAAAAGGCUUUGGAUUUGUUCUUAAAGGAUCUCGAGUUGCAGGCAAAUUAUUUCAACCAACUCCUUCGUUUCCUGCUUUACAAUUUCUUGAUAGUAUUGAAAAAGGUAGUAAUGCUGAUAAAGCUGGUCUUAAACAAAAUGAUUAUGUUCUUGAAAUAAAUGAUGUAAAUGUUAUAUCAAUGCCACACGAAGAAUGUGUCAAUUUAAUAAAACGAGCUGGUGAUACAUUAGCAUUGAAAGUUGUUACGGCAAAUACAUCAUCAAUGAUACAUUCUCAUUAUGAAUAUCAUGAUUUACAUUCAAAUCAACAUAAUAUUUGUUCACAAUCAUUACCUUAUCGACGUAAAGCACCACUUCGGCCAGAUCUUGAACAAAAAUUGAAUGAAGAUCUUGAUCGAACAUUGGGUGAAUACGAUUAUGGUAGUAUGAUUGUUCCAUCAUCAAAGAAUUUUGAAGAUUGUAUAUCAAUGUCAAAACAACAGAAUGAGAAUUUUCCAAAUGGAUCUGGUGGUUCUAUUCAUUUGAAAAAUAAACCUUUAGUUCCUGAGCGUGAUUCUUCUCUCUAUGAUUGUGUUUCUUCAUCUCAAAAUCAACAAGAAUAUAAUACAUUUCGACCAUUAAGUCGUGGAUCACCUUCAACAGUAAUUGUGCCAAAUUUAUUGUCAACAACAAAUGUUCGACGUAAUUCAAAUUCAUCAUCAAACGAAGCCGAUGAAGAAUCAUCUUUAUCUUCAUUGAACAGUAAUCAUGUUCUACCAACAAAUCAAAUAUCGAUUGAAGAAAAUAGUACUACUAUUUAUAUGACUUCGUCUUUAUCUACAAAUACAACAAAUAUGACUACUUUUAAAACGACUUCAAAUCUUCUACCAUCAAAACCAAGUGAUAUUAAAAAACGAUCAAAUAAUCGAAAACAAACUUAUGCAGCAUUCAAUUCCAAUAAUAACAAUAAUAAUAAUUCUGUACCAAUAACAAUAGAGAAUGAAACUUGUUCUGGUCUUGCUCUUCCUCCUCCUCCUCCUCCACCACCACCACCAUUUCCGGUUAAUUUUGAUGUACCAAUUAAAAUUGAACAUCAAACUUCAUCAAAAUGUGAAUCUAUAACAACAAUAUCAGAUUUUCAAGCACAAAUUGAACAAGCAAAAACUCAUUUAAAAAAAGUUAAUCUUGAAAUACUAUCACAGAAAACAAUUGUUAAAUCACUUGAUCAUCCAAAUUCAAAUAAGAAUCAUUCAUCAUCCUCAUAUUAUUCAGGUGAAUUAAAAAAUAUUGUAAUCGAGGACAUAACUCCUGCAAAUGGCUUUCCUCCUCCUCCGUCUCCAACUACCCUUCGUCGUUCAACUCCCCCUGUAGCAUCAUCAUCUCAACGAAAUUCGAUAGUGAUCGACCCGAGAUUAGAUGUUAAUUUUUCUACUGUUAUUGCUCAGCGUGCAGCAGAAUCAAAAGCUCGUCGUCAUGAAAAUCCAUUAGGACUUGACUUUAAUUCAAAUGGUUUACCACCAUCAACAACUUUUUUUAAUAAUUGUGUUACAACAAAUGGUGUUCAUCAAAAUUUAACAGCCAAUGGUUCAUCAUGUCCACAACGAUUUAGUGCUACAGCAAAUCAAUUACUUGAGAAUCUGAAACGUCGUGGUGGAAGUACAUCAUCGAUUGGUUCUCUUGUUAAACAUUAUAAUCAACAACAAUCUUCAUAA